AUGCAGUCAAGUCCGACUUAUCCUGCCUUUAUUAACUCAUCCGUUAUCUUCAUUAUUUCUACUGUUACGAUUGCUAGGGAAAAUCGAAAAAGGAAAAAACCAGCAAUAAGCUCACUGAAUGAUAUUCAGCCGGAACUGCUCAAAGUACUGUAUAAUUUGCCACCGGAUUUUGAAAUCCAUGUGAGGAACGCCGAGGAAAAAAGUGGCGUCAAAAGAGAACAUGAUAGUAAAUAUGCAAUAUCAACUGGACACAUAUGUUCAUUUUACGCAUUACUAUAUUUAUUAAUUGAUUUUAUUCAGUUUGUUUAUGGCUUGUCGGGUUUUUUGGUUCUCUAUAUGAUUAUUGGUAGUGAAGCUGGUCUCUUCUGCAAUAUCAUUUGUUUUACUUACCCAGCCAUUGUUAGCAUUCAGGCCAACCACCUAAGAGAAGGAUACUCUGACAACGUUCCGAAGACUUCAUCAUCAUCGUUCUAG